AUGGAGAAAAAAGCUAAACAUCAAAUAAUUAAGGAUGUCACAUGCACCCUAUUCUUCUCCGUCUUCAGUGCUGUCCUUGGGUUUUUCCAAUUUGGAUACUGCAUUGGAGUCAUCAAUGCUCCACAAAUGAUUAUUAUGAACCACUAUGGCAAGGUAUUGGGCAUUACAGAAGAUGUAAUGCAAAACCCUACAGUCAUAAUGCUCUGGUCCUUGUCGGUGGCUAUGUUUGCUGUUGGUGGAAUGGUUUCCUCCUUCACUGUUGGUUGGAUUGGAGAAAAGAUGCCAAGAGUGAGAGCCAUGAUACUGGUGAACAUCCUCGCAGUCUCUGGGAAUAUCUUUUUGGCUGUGUCAAAGUUUGGCCCUUCAUAUGUCUUUAUUAUCAUAGGAAGAGCCUUCACUGGACUGCACACUGGCCUCACAUCUGGACUUGCCCCAUUGUAUGUUGGAGAGAUUGCACCCACAGCUCUCCGUGGGGCUCUGGGAUCACUGCACCAGCUUGCUGUAGUAAUUGGGAUUCUCAUCAGCCAGGUCCUUGGCCUAGACUUUCUCCUGGGCAAAGAUGAAACUUGGCCAUUGCUGCUUUCCUUGGCGGGUUGUGCAGCCGUCUUUCAGACUGUCCUGCUUUUCUUCUGCCCAGAAAGUCCUCGGUACCUGUACAUCAAAUGUGGAAAGAUUGAAGAAGCCAAAGAGAGCUUGAAAAGGCUGAGAGGAGAAGCCUAUGACCCUACCAAAGAACUUGAGGACAUGGAGAAAGAAAAAGAAGAAGCAUCUAAAGAAAAACCUGUUUCCAUCUGGCAGCUUAUCACUUCCUCCACCUACAGGCAACCAUUCCUAGUGGCCAUAGGGGUUCAUAUUGCUCAGCAGUUUUCCGGAAUUAAUGCUAUUUUCUACUACUCCACUGAUAUUUUUAACCAAGCUCAUGUCAGAAAACCUAUUUAUGCAACCAUAGGAGUGGGGUUUGUGAACACUGUAUUCACCGUUUUUGCUGUCUUCCUGGUGGAUAAAGCAGGGAGGCGCUCCCUCUUUAUGGCUGGGCUCUUUGGCAUGAUGUUGUGUACCAUCACCAUGACCGUCGGACUUGUGCUUCAGCCCAAGUUGGAAUGGAUGAGCUACGUCAGCCUGACUUCCAUCUUCCUCUUUGUCAGUUUCUUUGAAAUUGGGCCAGGACCAAUUCCCUGGUUUAUUGUUGCUGAGCUGUUCAGUCAAGGCCCUCGCCCAGCAGCUGUCGCAAUGGCUGGUUUUAGCAACUGGUUCACCAACUUCUGCAUCGGGAUGUUCUUCCCAUACGUUGCUAAACUCUGCGGACCAUAUGUGUUUCUGAUCUUUGCCGUUCUGCUUGGCAUUUUUGUCAUUUUCAUUUAUUAUAAAGUGCCAGAAACGAAAGGCAAGUCAUUUGAAGAAAUUGCGGAGGAGUUCCGUCGCCGAAACAAAGGAGGUGCCACAGGAGGAGCUACUGAAAUGGAGUAUCUGGGAGGCGCCCAGCAGGCGUAG